AUGACCGAGUAUGUCUGCACGCGGUGGUAUCGAGCACCAGAGGUUCUUUGUUCCUGGACUGACUACUCCGGCUCCAUCGAUAUUUGGUCGAUCGGGUGCAUCUUGGCUGAGAUGUACACGCGGAAGCCGCUCUAUCCAGGCCACAACACGCAGCACCAGCUGGAUCUGAUCAUCAAGUAUUUAGGCUCGCCAGAGCACGACGAGCUGAUGAAGAUACCCAACGAGAAGUGCCGCAACUUCAUCCAGGCACUGCCCGACACCGUGUGCAGAUCAUUCGACGAGAUCUACCCCGGCGUGAUGCCGCCCGAGGCGAGGGCUCUGCUGGACCAGAUGAUGAGGUGGGACCCGCAGAGGCGCAUCACCGUCGCGGAGGCACUCGAGGAGCAGUACCUCGAGAAGCUCCACUGUCCGGAGGACGAGCCCACUCGAGAGCCUCUCGACACUUCGGAUUUCGAGUUCGAGCGGCGGAAGGUCACGGCCGGCGCCCUGAGGGACGAGAUCUUCCGUCUGGCUCUUUGCUAUUACCCGCACCUGCAGCGGCAGUUCGAGCGCGAGGUGGCCCAGAGCGGGGGCCACAGGGACAUCACGCAGUACCGCCUGCUCACCCCUGGCGAGGCGCAGUACUCCUCCGACGAGUCCGACGAGGACUGCAGGUCCAGCCAGCUCGACGACGCGGAUUCUGGAUCUGGCGCAGACGUCUAG